AGGGGUGCCGCCUGAACCCGGAGCAAUUAUUUAAAUUUGGGGAAAAAAUUAGGGUUUAAGCAUUCACGCCUGCUGCUUCUGCUGCUGCUCAAUUUGAUUGAUCAGCAGAAGGUGGAUUUGGAAGGUGGGCGAACAAAGUUUGGAAAAUCUAGUGCGAAGUCGAAAGAGUGAGGCGCUCCAGAUGGCUGAGUCUCCCGCAUCCCUGAAAAGGAAGCAACCUGAAUAUGAUUCAAAAGAAAAACAAGAAGUUUCUGUGCAAGACUUGACGCCCAAGAGGCGAAGCUUGUCUAGGACAUGUGUGCAUGAGGUGGCAGUUCCAAGUGGAUAUGUUUCAAACAAGGAUGGAACAAUUCAUGGAACGCUCAGUGAUCCAAUUUAUACUGGAGAAAGGGCGAAAGCUUAUUCGUUUAAACUCGAUCCCUUUCAGGAGGUUUCUGUUUCUUGCUUGGAAAGAAAUGAGUCUGUCUUAGUUUCGGCACACACUUCAGCUGGGAAGACUGCAGUGGCAGAGUAUGCUAUUGCCAUGGCCUUCAGGGAUAAACAGAGGGUGAUAUAUACUUCUCCUUUGAAAGCUUUAAGUAAUCAGAAGUACAGGGAAUUAAGCCAGGAGUUUUCAGAUGUUGGAUUGAUGACCGGUGAUGUGACUCUUUCGCCCAAUGCAAGUUGCUUGGUGAUGACCACAGAGAUUCUCCGGGGGAUGCUUUAUAGGGGUUCCGAGGUGUUGAAGGAAGUUGCUUGGGUUAUAUUCGAUGAGAUACAUUACAUGAAGGAUCGGGAAAGAGGUGUUGUUUGGGAAGAAAGUAUUAUUUUUUUGCCGCCUGCUAUUAAGAUGGUUUUUCUUUCAGCAACAAUGUCAAACGCAACUGAAUUUGCUGAAUGGAUCUGUAAUUUACAUAAGCAGCCAUGUCAUGUGGUCUACACAGAUUUUAGGCCCACACCAUUGCAACACUACGUGUUUCCUAUGGGUGGUUCUGGUUUGUAUCUUGUUGUUGAUGAGAACGAGCAGUUUAGAGAGGAUAACUUUUGUAAGCUUCAGGAUACGUUCACAAAGCAAAGUCUGGGUGAUGGAAACAAAAGCGGUGGUAAUUCCAGGGGUAGGAUUGCAAAAGGUGGCAAUGGAUCUGGUGUUUCUGAUAUAUACAAGAUUGUCAAGAUGAUAAUGGAGCGCAAAUUUCAACCAGUCAUCAUAUUUAGUUUUAGUAGAAGAGAGUGUGAACAACACGCCAUGUCAAUGUCCAAGCUUGAUUUUAAUAGCCAGGAGGAAAAAGAUGAUGUGGAGCAGGUGUUCAGAAAUGCCAUCCUUUGUUUAAGUGAAGAAGAUAGAAACUUGCCUGCAGUUGAAUUGAUGUUGCCAUUGCUUAAGCGAGGCAUUGCUGUUCACCAUUCGGGUUUGCUACCUAUUAUCAAAGAACUUGUUGAACUUCUAUUUCAAGAAGGGCUUGUUAAGGCUCUUUUUGCGACAGAAACGUUUGCCAUGGGUUUGAACAUGCCUGCAAAAACUGUCGUUUUUACUAGUGUCAAAAAGUGGGAUGGUGAUAGCCAUCGCUAUAUUGGAUCUGGUGAAUAUAUUCAAAUGAGUGGUAGAGCCGGACGACGUGGUAAAGAUGAGCGCGGUAUAUGCAUCAUAAUGGUCGAUGAAAAGAUGGAGAUGAAUACCCUCAAAGACAUGGUUUUGGGAAAACCUGCACCUUUAGUCAGUACCUUCAGGCUAAGCUACUACUCAAUUCUGAAUUUAAUGAGCCGUUCUGAGGGACAAUUCACUGCUGAGCAUGUUAUCAGAAAUUCCUUCCACCAAUUUCAGUAUGAGAAGGCUUUACCUGACAUUGGGAAAAAGGUCACGCAGCUUGAAGAGGAAGCUGCUGUACUAGAUGCAUCAGGGGAGGCUGAGGUUGCGGAGUAUCAUAAGAUAAAACUUGAGAUAGCUCAACUGGAAAAGAAAAUGAUGGCUGAAAUAACGCGCCCUGAAAGAGUUCUUUCUCUCCUCUCACCUGGCAGGCUGGUUAAGGUAAGGGAAGGUGGAACAGAUUGGGGUUGGGGAGUUGUAAUCAACGUGGUGAAAAAAUCUCCAACAGCAUCAAGUUCUUUGCCUGCUACACUCUCUUCUUCCCGCGUUAAUAGCUAUAUUGUGGAUACUCUGCUUCAUUGCUCUCUUGGCUCAAGUGAAAAUGGAUCUCAGCCAAGACCUUGUCCUCCUCAUCCUGGAGAGAAAGGUGAAAUGCAUGUGGUUCCUGUUCAGCUGCCUCUUCUUUCUGCACUUAGCAAACUUAUAAUAGCAGUCCCUUCUGAUCUCCGGCCAAUGGAAGCUCGCCGGGCCAUUCUCCUUGCUGUACAGGAACUUGAAAAACGCUUUCCCCAAGGUCUUCCAAAGCUGAACCCUGUCAAGGAUAUGGAUAUUGAUGAUCCAGAAUUUGUGAAAUUGGCUAACCAAAUUGAGCAACUUGAACAUAAAUUAUUUGUUCACCCACUGCAUAAGUCCAAAGAUGAACAUGAGAUAAGAAGUUUUCAGAGAAAAGCAGAAGUAAAUCAUGAAAUUCAACAGCUAAAAUCGAAAAUGCGUGAUUCUCAGCUUCAAAAAUUCCGUGAUGAACUUAAGAAUCGUUCCCGGGUUCUCAGAAAACUUGGUCAUAUAGAUGCUGAUGGCGUUGUUCAGUUAAAGGGACGGGCAGCCUGCCUGAUAGAUACAGGAGAUGAGCUCCUUGUCACAGAAUUGAUGUUCAAUGGUACCUUCAAUGAUCUGAAUUAUCAUCAAGUUGCAGCCUUGGCAAGCUGCUUCAUCCCUGGAGAUAGAUCGAGUGAACAGAUAAAUUUAAGAGCUGAACUCUCCAAACCUCUGCAACAGCUUCAGGACAGUGCCAGAAGAAUAGCUGAGAUCCAACGUGAAUGCAAACUGGAAAUAGAUGUGGACGAAUAUGUUGAGGCAUCAAUUAGACCAUUCUUGAUGGAUGUAAUUUACUGCUGGUCAAAGGGAGCAUCCUUUGCCGAAGUCAUCCAAAUGACUGACAUAUUCGAAGGCAGUAUUAUUCGCAUAGCAAGAAGGCUUUACGAGUUUCUGAACCAGUUGAAAUCAGCAGCUCAUGCUGUCGGGGAAGCUGAUCUGGAAGACAAGUUUAACGGUGCCUGCGAAAGCAUCCGACAUGGCAUAAUGUUCGCAAACUCGUUGUAUCUCUGAAGAAUCAGAAAUUUGUGGUGCUGGAAUGGAACCUGGCAUGGAUUGCUUGGAGAAUCCAAUGUUGUUGUUUUGCCUUCAAAGUUAUAUGUAGAUCAUUACAUAGAUAUAGGAAAUUUGUUUUGCAGUUUGCAAUCCAUAAAGUCCAUGUCUGCCUUGUUCAAGUAUCCUGUCUUCGAAGCACCGGCUGUGUAUUAUUCAAGAAGAAUAAAUUUUUCAUUUUUUUUUUGUUUUGUUUUUUUGUUUUUUGUGUUUAUCUUCUAUAAUGUAAACAUAUUACUAUAAUUUAUUUGGAAAAAUUUGGUCAAUAUUCAUAUA